AUGUUUUGUUUGGGUAAUACAACAAUAUAUUUUCUAAUACCUGAUUUGUUUCGAAACAUAUUUUUAUCAUCCUCCCUACAAAUAACAUCAUUAUCUUCAUCUGUAUUUUAUUGUACAAAACUCGAAAGUGAACAACAAGGUCGAGCAUAUCAAAAAGAAUUAUCCCAAAAUCCUCGUUGGUCCGCUUGUUACAUCGAAGAUUAUGUCAUACAGUUGUAUUUAGCCGACCUAGGAACUGUUCGUGAACGAAGAAAGUUACUAUUUGAUAUUGGUGCAAACAAAGGUUAUACAAUCGCCACAUGGUUCUCUCUUUGGAAUCCACAAAGUCAAAUAAAUCCACGAAGUUUGGCAAAUUAUUUACGAAAGAAUUUAUCAAUUUCCCAAUGUGGAGAAUGCAAUGAUUGUUUACAAAUGUCUCUAUCAACGAAAGUGAAAGUGUCUUUGGACAUGAACAUAGAGAUUUAUGCAUUUGAACCACAACCAAGUACUUAUGAGAUUCUACGUCAGGUCAAACAAUGGACAAAUCAACGUUCUCUACAUAUUUAUAAUCUGGCGAUGAGUAAUCAAACAGGUACUGAACUUUUAUUAAAAUGUAAUCCAGGUGAUGAGUUUUGUGGAUUGGAAACAUCGAAAAGUGCUAGAAAUAUUGAGCGCUAUUUGUUAGUGAAUGUAACAACACUCGAUACAUUUUUACAACGAUCACAUAUAACUGAAAUGAUUGAUGUGUUAAAAAUUGAUACAGAAGGUCAUGAUCCAUUAGUUCUCAAAGGAGCAGAACUCACUCUGAAACAACAGCAAGUUCGUUUAUUAAUUUUUGAACAUCAUGAAGUUGGGCUUUGGAAAUAUAUUCAUCUACGGGACGUUAUUGAAAAUCUCGACUUAAAAGGUUACACAUGUUAUAUGUUUGGAAGAACUGGGCUCAUUAGAAUAACACGAUGCUGGUCAUCAAUUUUGAAUAAGAAGAGAUGGAGCAAUGUUCUUUGUGUAGUGAGAAAUGAUGGAAGACUUCAACAUAUUAUCAAUAAACUCAUCAUUCCUCACACUUUAUAA